CAUUCUCCACCUCAGUCACAUAGCCUACUUGAGUAGCGGAGUUAAGGGUCCAAUAUUUUUUCUUUGGAUGUUUUUUCCCCAGAAAACUACGAUCAAAUGCUGCGUUAGCAACACUUCUAUCAACAUAAAAGGUUUAGGGUUCAGCCCCACCUCAUGUGCCCCCUAGUCGGGCAAAAUGUCCCGUUUUCUGAGGCAUUUCACUACUGUGGGUGAUGAGCAAAACAACGCCGAGCAGUGGCAGGACGAGGAACUGCAGGAUGCAAGCGAGGACUUUGAAGUUUCAACUGGGCAGGAGCUGGGUCAGGUCAGCUUCAGAGACUCAUUACGCCGCCUCUACAAGUCAGAGAGGUUUCAGAUUGUUGUUGUGUGCCUGGUUGUUCUGGAUGCCAUUUUUGUGCUGUGCGAGUUGCUUAUUGACUUGUCUAUCAUUGAAGCGGAUCAUCACAGAAUUGCCCCGCAGAUAUUCCACUAUCUCAGCCUCUCCCUUCUGACGUUUUUCAUGGUGGAGCUGUCGGGAAAAAUCUUCGCCUUCCGCCUGGAGUUCUUCCGGCAUAAGUUUGAGGUGUUUGACGGGAUUGUGGUGACGGUGUCCUUCAUCCUGGAUAUUAUAUAUGUGUCAAAAGAAGAUGCAUUUGAUGCCAUGGGCCUUCUGAUCCUGCUCAGGCUGUGGAGAGUGGCCAGGAUCAUAAAUGGUAUCAUGGUGUCAGUGAAAAAUCGUGCCCAUCACAAAGUUCUUAAACUAAAGUCAAUCAAUGCAAACCUCGUUCAUCAAGUCAAUGAACUCAAAGAGCAGAACACAAAAAUGGACCAAGAAAACGCCAGGCUUCGGACCCUAUUAAAGCAGCACAGCAUUGAGUUUUGAUGCUCACGUGCCUGGCAGAAUGCUCAUUAAAACACACAACUUGUUACUGUUAAC